GGAGAGUGGAUCCCGCUCACAGGCGGCCGGGAGCGUUCCGACUUGCGAGCUGCGCUGCGGAGCUCGGUGCCCGAGUGACAGCCGCGGGGAGUGGAGGGCUGGGGCACACGAGACCGCGGGGGCAGCUGCAAGCCGUUGGGCAGCGCUCGCCUACGCUGAGCGAGUCGCCCCUUCCCGGCUCUCCGCCGCCCCGCACCCCACUCUCCCACCCUCUCGCAACUUGCGUCAAGUUGACAACUCCUGCCGCGGCCGGCCGGCCCGUGCGAUCUCCGCCGCGUACCCCUCGCCCGGGCUGAGAGGGGUUCCCUCCGGCGGCGGCGGUGGCGGCUUGGCCAUGAGGGCAGCGCGCGUCGCCUAACUCGGCGGCUGUCACCGCCGCUGCAGCGGGACCGGCCGGCCGGGCGCUCCGGGACGGACGGGCGGGCGGCCGCCAGCAGGAGGCGCCGAGCCGGGCGGCUGCGGCGGCGGGCACAUCCCGGGGCCACCGCGCCGAUCCCGGGCGGGAGUGGCCCCGCGCAAGCAGGGAGCGGCGCCGCCGCGCGCACUCCGGCCGGGCGGGCACCUCGGGGGUGGGCGCGGGGCGCUCUGACAAGCGCCCCGGGGCGGUGAGCCGGGCUGCCCGGCGCGGGGUGGGUGCGGACGCGGGCGCUGGACUGGCGCGGGGACCUGGGCGUCGCGAUGAACAUCGUGGUGGAGUUCUUCGUGGUCACUUUUAAAGUGCUGUGGGCAUUCGUGCUGGCCGCGGCGCGCUGGCUGGUGCGGCCCAAGGAGAAGAGCGUGGCCGGCCAGGUGUGCCUCAUCACGGGCGCCGGCAGCGGCCUGGGCCGCCUGUUCGCGCUCGAGUUCGCCCGGCGCCGGGCGCUGCUGGUGCUCUGGGACAUCAACACGCAGAGCAACGAGGAGACGGCCGGCAUGGUGCGCCACAUCUACCGCGACCUGGAGGCGGCGGACGCCGCGGCGCUGCAAGCUGGGAAUGGCGAGGAAGAAAUUCUGCCCCACUGUAACUUACAGGUUUUUACCUACACCUGUGACGUGGGGAAGAGGGAGAACGUCUACCUGACGGCCGAAAGGGUCCGCAAGGAGGUUGGCGAGGUCUCAGUGCUGGUCAACAAUGCCGGUGUGGUCUCUGGGCAUCACCUUCUGGAAUGUCCUGAUGAGCUCAUUGAGAGAACCAUGAUGGUCAACUGCCACGCACACUUCUGGACCACUAAAGCCUUUCUUCCUACAAUGCUGGAGAUUAAUCAUGGUCAUAUUGUGACAGUUGCAAGUUCCUUGGGAUUAUUCAGUACUGCUGGAGUUGAGGAUUAUUGUGCCAGUAAAUUUGGAGUUGUGGGUUUUCAUGAAUCCCUGAGCCACGAACUAAAGGCUGCUGAAAAGGAUGGAAUUAAAACCACCUUGGUUUGCCCUUACCUUGUAGACACUGGCAUGUUCAGAGGCUGCCGAAUCAGGAAAGAAAUAGAGCCUUUUCUGCCCCCUCUGAAGCCCGACUACUGUGUGAAGCAGGCCAUGAAGGCCAUUCUCACAGACCAGCCCAUGAUCUGCACCCCCCGCCUCAUGUACAUCGUGACCUUCAUGAAGAGCAUCCUUCCUUUUGAAGCAGUUGUGUGCAUGUAUCGGUUCCUAGGAGCGGACAAGUGUAUGUACCCUUUUAUUGCUCAAAGAAAACAAGCCACAAACAAUAAUGAAGCAAAAAAUGGAAUCUAAGAAUCUUUUUGUAUGGAAUAUCAUUUCUAUUAGAAGACGAUCAAGAUGUUUCAGUCCAGUGCACAUCAGCAUUACUGACAUUCUCUGGAUUCUAAUCCUGUGUUGACUUUUUUUUUAAUCAACUUUUUAAAAAAAAUAAAGUGUAAAUUAACUGACUAGAGUACUCGGAAAAUGUGAUCAGUAAAAGUGAGCUUAGGUUAUUGCCAGUUAGGGUCCUUUAAGACAGAACCCUAAAACGAGUCCAAUCUUUACACAAGCGCUGUGUGACAUCUUUGGACUAUCAUUCUUUUUUAAUGAACAGAAAUUCUAGAAGUGAUAACUACAGUGUGUUUCACUUGAGUGAUUUUUUAAAUUUCCGUAGAGUCUCUUCAUUUUUGUUAAACUCUCGCCAGCUGACAUCCUUGGGACUUCAAGGACUGGUAGUGCUGUACUUUCUUCUGUUUUCUAAGUUUCAGUUUUGCAAAGCCUAUGUGGCUUUUCCCGGUGUUUGUGUGUUCAGCUGUUUUAAAAAGGAGUUCUGAAAUCUCCAUCCAUUCGGAGUAAAUGGUGUCCGAGGGUUACAGUGAAGGUAAUCAUGUCUCUCUCUUAAAAGUCAGAGUGACUGAAGCAUUAGCUACAUUUUAAAUUUUCUCUCCGAGAUGCUUCAUGAAGUAUCUGGAGACCUAGGUAUCCGCAAAGAUCAUACGUUUUCUACCUAUGAAUUUUGCUGCAUACAGAAAGUGCCCUUUCCUCAGGAAGCUGGCUGUGUUUCCUUUCUUCGAAUGGACUCUUACCUAGAAUACAUAGCAGCUCUGCAGAGAAACGGUUUCUAAAAGUGGGAACUUUGACGGUGAAAAGUCCCCAUUUCUGUGCCAACUAUGAUCAGCGAGGGGAAAGUCUCAUCCUGUGGAGUAUGUAUGGAAGGGUGUAAAGAUUCUUUUGAAAGGUUUAUUCACAUUGUAGAACAGCAAAUGACAUUUUUACAGUAUUUUUUUGUAAAGCAAACUAUUUUGUGCCUUGAAUUUGGUAUAUGUGUAUUAGUGAAACAUUGUAAAAGUGAACUUCUACCUCUGUAUCUAAAUGUAUACCAUCCACCUGUAAAUUACUAUAAACUAUUAUGUGAUUGCUUUUUUUUUUUUUAGAAUGUCUUGUUUAAAUAGUGACCAAUGUUUAAGGCUAUUAAAAUAAGCCAACUUUUACUAAUUGGGAAGUUUUAUAAAGGACUGAUUAAAUUUAAAGAAUUAACUUACAA